UCAGUUGUUCUCCAAACUUUUUCUUCUCUCUGCGUUUGAAGCAUUAUUCGCUUUCUGGGAUGGAAGGACACAUGAGUAAACGAAGACGUAUUUAUUCUCAGGAACCAAGGAAGAUAAUCCAAGCCAAUUUUGCAAGAAAAUAUGUGAAAUACUUAGUCCCUGCUCUAACAAAGAUCAGUAAAGAAAUAUUGUCUGGCGAAAGCACUAACCAUGAAAUAGAGGAGAUUGUUAGGUAUGAAAUGGAUAUGGCAUUGGCGUUGUCGGCUGAAGGCUUUGCGUGGAGUCAUGCCUUGAAAGACGAGCUUCAAUUAUAUGUCAAUGUAGCUAGAUUUCAAAGCUCUUUGGCUUAUCAUCAGCUCCCAUCCUUCAAAAUUUCCUCAUCAACAUAUAGUCCAGACUGUGGGAACAUGAUACAAAAUGAGGUCGAUGAUCACCAAAAUGCAAUGCUCUUAAAGAAGAUUUCUUCCAAACCUGACCAUGAGCCUACAGCCAAGAAAUCGAAAAAGGCUAAAAGAACAGAAAUGCAGCCAGAAAGUAUGAAAGAGGAAGAAGUGGAAAGUGGAGAAGAGAAUCAGAUUAGAAGGCGAUUAACAUAUCUAAGGACUCUUUUACCAUGAGGGAGUGAGAUGAUGUUUGAUGAUGAAAUGUUAAGUGAAGUGGGAAGUUAUAUUUCCUGUCUUGAGUUACAAGUGAAUAUUCUUAUGUCCAUGGUCGAAACAAAUUGAUUAUCUAGAUUAAUUUCUUUUUACUAGCUAAU